AUGUCAGGUUUCAUGAAAUUCCUCGGUACUUCUUCCCCUCCCCUCUUCCCUAUCUAUCUAAAUCCAAAUCUUCCGUACUAAUAACAAUUAAUUCGCCCGUCACAAGACGCAAUCCUCACAUCGAAAUACAACAAACCCUUUCCGGUGACUUUGAUCCCCUCGGCAAUUGGUUAUUACCUGGGCGUGAAGCAAGGCGAACGACAAGCACAGCUUCUCCAGGAGAUCCAGGCACUGGAUAUACGGGACCAUGAGAAAGUGAAGAUGAUUGCGGAGCAUCCGAAGUAA